GCGUGCGUGCAUGCGAGCGAGCGUGUGUGCGCACACUUUGCCUAGGAAUGGAGCGCAGCCACGUAUGGUAAGAGGAUCAAUAGGUUUUAGCGGAGUGGAGAGCGAAGGCACACCUCUUACACAGGGUUAGGACAUCCCACACAGGGAAGAGGAGGAGGGAGGGAGGCAGAGAAAGGCUCAGAUGCUUCGUUGUUGUUGUUGUUUUCCUUUCACCUCUCUCCCUUUGUAUUUCCUUACUUUCCUGUAUGGGAUGUUGAGAAAGUUAGCGAGACAAAGCAGAGAGGUUUGCAACAUGCUCAGUCACGCUAAUGCCACUCCUCCUCCUCUUCAUCCCGCCGGUGCCUCCGCUGCCCCCCGUCAGCUGUUCUCUGGAGGAAUGACUCCCUGAAGCCGGCUCACCAUGUGGAUGCGGGGGAGUCAUUUCCAGACCUUUGCCGGAAGAAUACCGAGGAAAAAAGGAGCGGCGGCGGCCCAGAGGGCUUGGCGCGGGUGGCCGCACUGCUGGGAGUCCUUACGCUGCAGUUUUUACACUGGGAUUUAAUUAGCUGUUUUAUAGUGGGAUUUUGUUCACGGAUUUGAUGGUGCUACUUCAUUUUUACGUUAUUUUUUUAUUGUAUCCAAAGACUUCUAUUUAUAGCUUGCUGCUGGACUCUUCUGGUUUACUGACGCAUGGAACUCCACACAUGAUACCGGUGCACACUGUGGGUCUUCGCCCGUCGAUAAAAUACUAGAAUCCGAACCGGAAAAGAGCUGAAUCUACCUCAGCAUGAAACCCGGACUGUGUCCAGGAGUCUCCAGUGACAGGACAAUGAAGCACCUGAGCCAGUUUCCCCAUAGAAGACACUCCUGGAUAUGUUUCGACGUGGACAAUGGAACUUCAUCAGGUCGCAGCCCGCUGGACCCGAUGGCCAGUCCGGGAUCGGGUCUCAUCCUGCAGGCCAACUUCGUCCACAGCCAGAGGAGGGAGUCGUUCCUGUACCGCUCGGACAGCGACUACGACCUCUCGCCCAAGUCCAUGUCUCGAAACUCCUCCAUCGCCAGCGACAUCCAUGGUGACGACAUGAUUGUAACACCAUUUGCACAGGUCCUUGCCAGCCUAAGAACUGUACGGAAUAACUUUGGUGCGUUAACCAACCUACAGCAAGACAGAGCGUCUAAUAAGAGAUCACCCAUGUGCAACCCACCGCCCAUCACCAAGACCACCUUUACAGAGGAGGCCUACCAGAAACUGGCCACUGAGACUCUGGAGGAGCUUGACUGGUGCCUGGACCAGCUGGAGACGCUGCAGACCAGACACUCAGUCAGUGAAAUGGCCUCCAAUAAGUUCAAGAGGAUGUUGAACAGGGAACUGACUCACCUGUCGGAGAUGAGUCGCUCUGGGAAUCAGGUGUCUGAGUUCAUCUCCAGCACUUUCCUAGACAAGCAGCACGAAGUGGAGAUGCCGUCGCCUCAGUCUCAGAAGGACAAGGAGAAGAAGAACAAGCCCAUGUCUCAGAUCAGCGGCGUGAAGAAGCUGCAGCACUCGUCCAGCCUCACCAACUCGAACAUCCCUCGCUUUGGCGUCAAGACGGAGACCGAGGACGAGCUGGGCAAGGAGCUGGAACAUGUAAACAAAUGGGGCCUUAACGUUUUUAAGAUUUCGGAAUUCUCUGGGAAUCGGCCACUGACAGUCAUGAUGUACACCAUAUUCCAGGAGCGAGACUUGUUAAAAACGUUUAAAAUACCACUGGACACCUUUAUCACCUACUUGAUGACCUUAGAGGACCACUAUCAUGGCGACGUGGCCUACCAUAACAACAUCCACGCUGCUGACGUCACCCAGUCCACCCACGUGCUGCUAUCCACGCCUGCGCUCGAGGCAGUGUUCACGGACCUGGAGAUCCUGGCCGCCAUCUUUGCCAGCGCCAUUCAUGACGUGGACCACCCAGGAGUGUCAAACCAGUUCCUCAUCAACACCAACUCUGAGCUGGCGCUGAUGUACAACGACGCGUCGGUGCUGGAGAACCACCACCUGGCCGUGGGCUUCAAGCUUCUGCAGGAGGAGAACUGCGACAUCUUCCAGAACCUCACCAAAAAACAACGACAAUCACUGCGCAAGAUGGUCAUCGACAUUGUGUUAGCUACUGACAUGUCCAAGCACAUGAAUUUACUUGCUGACCUGAAAACCAUGGUGGAAACCAAAAAGGUGACCAGCUCGGGAGUGUUGCUGCUGGACAACUACUCGGACAGGAUACAGGUCCUACAAAACAUGGUGCACUGCGCUGACCUGAGCAACCCCACCAAGCCACUGCAGCUGUACAGGCAGUGGACCGACCGCAUCAUGGAGGAGUUCUUCAGCCAGGGCGACCGCGAGAGGGAGCGAGGCAUGGAGAUCAGCCCCAUGUGCGACAAACACAACGCCUCCGUCGAAAAAAGCCAGGUUGGCUUCAUCGACUACAUCGUGCACCCCCUGUGGGAGACGUGGGCCGACCUGGUGCAUCCGGACGCUCAGGACAUUUUGGACAUGCUGGAGGACAACCGGGAGUGGUACCAAAGCACCAUCCCCCAAAGCCCCUCGCCCGCCCUGGACGAGGCAGAGGACGGCGGGCGGCACCCGGGCGGGGACAAGUUCCAGUUCGAGCUGACGCUGGAGGAGGACGGCGAGUCGGACACGGAGAAAGACAGCGGCAGCCAGCCGGAGGAGGAAGAUGAAGAUGAAGAGGAGGAAGAGGACGAGGAGGAGGAGGAAAAAAGCUGUACGGACUCCAAAACCCUCUGCACGCAGGACUCGGAAUGCACUGAAAUUCCAUUGGACGAGCAGGUGGCGGAGGAAGAGGAGGUCGCGGAGGAGGGGGACACUUCCUGCUCACAGACGUGUGUCGCGGAGGAAGAAGAAGAAAAAGAAGAGGUGGUUGCGGAGGAGAAGGAUGAAGACGAGGAGGAGGAAGAUGAGGAAGCGAAAACUCCCGACACAUAACAGAGUUAGGAGGCGGUGAACUGUUCUUCUUAGUAAUGAUUAUUUAUAGAAUUUUUAUUUUGGGGGGUGGGGUUAUGUGUUUUGUCUUAUUUUUAUGUUCCCCGUCCACCCUGCUCAGACAGCCCUCGUAAGCCUGUUCUAGACUGUAUCGCAUGAGCAAAAGAUGAUGAUGCAAAAUUUCCCGCGUACUCCCGCUAGGCCAUUCGAAUCGCGCUCGAGUCCACUUGACUCCAGAGCGUUCGGUUCUGAUGUGUGCUCAAGUUCGGUACGCUUCCCCCAAGAGAUUUGACCCGAUUGGUUGUGGAUGUGCAACGUUGGCCGUAUAAUCCACGGUAUAAAAACAAGUCUACGUCACAUGUAGACACACUUACACAAUAUUUGAUUAUGAUUAUGUCAUCUCUCCUCUUGCCAGUUACUCACGAUCACCGCCUCCUUCCACGGUAGAAAUAAACAGAUUGAGUAAAAAUAAAACGGGAGAGAAAACACACGCAAUGUGUAAUGAUGACAUAAACAGAUCAACUGAAUCUAAUGCACAGUCACCCAAAAAAAAAAAAGACCACAGUACACUGUCA